AUGAACAUACAAUCACUUCCUAGCGAUGUUAUCAUCUUUCUGAUGCAAUUUCUGUCUACCAGAGAUCUGGCAUCGUUGUCUGCAGUUUGCAAGUUCUUGCAUUCACUGAUAGAGGAGUUCGGCUGGAAGACCUAUGUGCGAUUGGAUUCUCGGCCCUCAUAUAGCUUGCGCAAGUCAUUCUCCUCCUGGGAUUUCCGUUCACAGGCCCGCUACAACACCUUGACAGAUCGAAACUGGGUCUAUGCCGAGUCCGUGGCGCGGCCUCUAUCUCUCAAAUGGACUGGAAAGUUUCGGUCCUUACUGGCAAUCAACUCCUCCAGGUUAUUUGUUGGUGCGGGUAACACAAUCUAUACGUAUGCCUUCACUCAGACGAAGCCUACCGAUUCGCCUGGCAUUCGGCUUGAAUCCAUGUAUACAACCAGCACCCAGCUGCAGGCUCGCCAUGACUUGUCUAGCCUAGUUUGUGUGUCAGACGAAGGUUUAGACCGUACGCUAUACGUUGGCUACGCCGACGGAGCUCUGGAACGCGUCACACUUCCAGCCUGUAGGGCAGGUCUGGAGAGUACCACUGUUGAACCAUCGGUGCGAAAGAAGCAGUAUUUUCACGGUAACGAGAUGGUGGAAAGCCUCUCUUCGACUGGGGAACACGUUCUCUCCUUAUCUAACGACGGCACUGCCGUUUUCUUCAACCGGUCUUAUCAUGCGCACUCUGAGGAGGCGCAAAUCAUCAAUUUGGAGGGUCGAGGGUGGGCGACAUACCUCUCCACGAAGUCCUCCACUCCGUACGCUGUCUUCGGAACAUCGUCCUUGUCCCCACUUGUUGUCCAUAAUAUAUGUACGUCACAGGUGUCCCUAAAUCCAUCCGCUGUCCUCGCAUCUACACAGUCUCUCGAACAACCCGAGAGGUCCUCUGCAGUCUAUGGCAUCUCUGGUGCACCUUCAUCAUCACCAUGGGGCUCGUCCGACCAGAUUAUCGUCUCUGGUUGGUACGACGGGGUCGUGCGCGUGCACGAUCUGCGCUCUUGCGCGCGUGCAUGUAGUAGCGGCAACGCAUCAACCGAACCUGAACCUCUGCGCCCCGUCAUGUCAGUCUAUGAUCCCUGGACCUUCGAGCCCAUAUACACUGUAUCCUGCGGCGGCGGAUCGUCAAGCCACAUUGCAGCAGGAACAGCGCGACAUAGUGUCGUCUCAUUCUGGGACGUUCGUUACCCUACUCGCGGUUGGAGUGUACAUGGGCCAGGAAACGACUCGUCGCCUGUCUAUUCUGUCAUUCUGGAGAGCUCCCGUUUAUUCGGGGCAACACAGUCGCGUCCCUUUGUCCUGGACUUCGGCCCGGAUCUCAAGGAAGAGACGUAUCCCAGGCUGCAUCGCGACUAUCGCGAGGAAGGUCUCAAGAGGCGCGACAAGAGCGGCGCCGGGUUCUACGUAACGAAAUACAGCCACGCCCGUACACGGUAA